AUGGCUUUCAGGAGUCACUACACAUUACAAGAGAUGCUGUGGCAGACUGCCAGGGCAAACCAAGAACCGGAAGAUUCCACCCAGAACAGCUGGAACAAUCGGGAAAGUGGCCAGAGUUCUGGCCGGUACAAGAUACUGCUUUGGCCGUGUUUUGCCAGGAUGAUGGGACAUGGAGACGUGAGCUUUAUAAGGAUUCUAGAGGAACUCAGACUUCAUGUUGUUGCUUCUACUGUGUAUGUUUUAGCUGAACUUACUUCCAGAAAUCUGCAAUCAAACAAAAAAUCCCAAGCGCAGCAAAAGGUUGUGAAGAAAUUACCAGUUUCAGAUCUUCGUGGAAAGUUAUCUGGUGUCGCGAGCCAGCGCCCUCAACUUAGCAGUACUGUUCAGGUCCCAAAACCUGUAAAAGAGGUUAUUAAGAGCAACAAACCUGUUCAAAAGAGAGACCCCACUCCAACUACUACCCCUCCUGACAUCAAGAAACCCAGUGCACCUGCACCCGUACCAGCACCAUCUGCACUACCAAAGCAAUCCCAGAACAAGAUUGAUGCUUCGCUUGACAGUUUACUAAAGUCUCUUGAUCUAGAGAAGUAUUUGAUAAAUUUCCAGGCUGAAGAGGUUGAUAUGAAAGCAUUGGUUUACAUGAAUGAAGAAGAUAUGAAGUCUUUAGGAAUUCCAAUGGUACUGCAAGGACUUUGCCUUUUUCUUUCCCCAAGUUGGUUAGCAUGCUUAUCCUCUGCUUAA